GGGAACAAAAAUAGUGACGGACCAAUAUGGCGGCGCCCCUUAACAGCACUUUGUGUACAGUUUUCGAUAAAACUACUUUCGUGUGAUAAUGUUUAAUGUGGAGGGUCACCACAAUUUCCUGUGCCAGUGAUUGUACAUCAGUACAUCAACAAGCAACCGGCUAACAUUAAUUUUGGGCAACGUACGCUUGAGCAAUGUGGGGUGAAAUUACAGAACCUCCGGUCAAAAUACAACCCACGCCGUCCGAUAAAUGCGUAAAGGAGGACCAAUGCACAGUACCGCAGGAACUCGUGAUACUGCCCCGUGUUCCCCAUAUAGAACAUCCAGAACCACCGCAAGAUUCCCAGGUGUUCCAAGAUGUCCCCGCUGAAGUCAACGCCUUGUUGGAGGCUGUAGUUGCAAGUGGAAGCCAAGUUAAGAGUCAGCAGAUAGGAGAUGCUGAACUGACAACCGAGGAACGUACAAAGGAGCUACUGCAUCAGUACAGGAGCAAACCACUGGUCUUCUUGGAGCGCUACCACAAAUGCUUGAAGCCCGAGCAUCUGUCGGCUUUUUCCCAUGUCAGCGCUGACCCACGGGCCGGGCACUACAGCGAAGUGAUCCAGAGGCAAGCAGCAGCAACCACCCACAAGACGAGAGUUCGAAACCAGCGCUACGCUGCACUCAGGGCCCUGCAGAAAGAGGGCCUCUAUUUCAGUGAAGAACAAAUGCGAACGAGGGAGCCACUGCUGUAUGAACAAUAUAUAGGACAGUACCUAACUGAUGAUGAGGUGUUAGAGCGCUCCCAAGAGUCCAUGCUGGGUGAUGCACAGCAAGGAGGGGCGGCACCAGAGGGAGCCGCGGGUGGGCUGUCGCACCUCCUCCUCAACUCCUACCAGGAGCGGCUUAUCCAGUGUCGUCUGCAGGAGGAACAAGAUAGAGAGGAGGGUGCACGGGAGGAGGAGGAGGAGGAGGAGGAGGAGGAAGAUGAAGAAGAGGCAGUCCAGGAGAAUACUUGGGAGCCAACCUCUGAGGAGAAAGCGCUUCUUCGGGAGGAGUUCAUCAGUCAGAUGCACCAACGCUUCCUUGAUGGCAAAGACACGGACUUCAACUACAGCGAAGUGGACGAGAACCCAGACUAUGACAACCUUGACAUCGUCAACAGAGAUGCAGAGGAAAAGUACUUUGAUGAAGACGAUGAGGAAGCAGAUGACGAAAUUAUGACAGAAUAGUCACCACAAGGGACAAUCAAUCUUUAAAGUGACGUGGUGUAAUUGUGAUCUGUGGCGCACGAUGCUGAUACUUUGUAAUAAAUACUGUUUCUGGAAUAUA